AUGUCAACACCCAAUCAUAUAACACAUCUAGUUCGUAUUGACCAUCUUUGUAAAGAUUGGUGCUCAAAACAUUCUCGUUCUUGCGCGUACUUUUCUUCUUUAUUAAACAUAUUAACGCAACGAAAAGAUACUUCUAAUUUUCUAUUUAGCUCAAACAAUGACAACCCUUCCAAAAACUUUUCUUGUACCAAUUUAAUACCUUUUUCAUCUCAUAAAAAUCUUCCUUUCGCCUUACAAUCGCAACCUUUAACUUUAUUAAUUUAUAAGCAAUCUCAUGAAAUUGAAGAAAUACUGACAACAAUUCAUUCUAUUUUAGAUGAAUUUGAAGAAAUCAUUAAUUUAAUGAAGGGAAUUUUAAAUCAAAGUAAUAAAUUAGUUAACCCGAGUCAAAAGUCAAAACAAUCUCCCAAGAAACCAAAAUCAACUCCACCCAAGAAGCAAAUAAUUAAUUUAUUUGAUAAUUUUGAAAAUCCAGGCGACAUAGCUGAUAUACCAAUCAUCACAUCAAAUUAUUAUAUUGUUAGAAUUGUUGAAAUGUAUGAAAAGGAAUUAUGUUAUAAAAAAAAUUUGAUUUUCGGUGGAUGUUUUAAAAUCGAUCAUAAUGACGAGGGAAUAAAUAACGUUAAAUUGAUUAGUGAAAGGUGGGCCGUUCAACCAUAUUUGUUGUUUGAGGUGGAAGAAGAAAUAUUUGAUAGAAUUAAAAUUUGGAAGCGAGUUAAAGAAUUUGAAGCUUUGAAAUAG